CGUUGUCCCGAUGGGAACGACGGCCAAGGAGGAGAUGGCUCGGUUUUGGGAGAAGAACACCAAAUCCAAUCGUCCCUUGUCCCCUCACGUCACCAUUUACAAGUGGUCCUUGCCCAUGGCCAUGUCCAUCACGCACCGAGGCACCGGCGUCGCGCUCAGCUUAG